GUUCACAGAGUAUCAGAAGAAGUGUGACGAGCUCCAGUUUGCCAGACGAGAGAAUAGUACUCUGCAUCACCAAGUGGAACAAAUGCUUCAAAAAAUUUCUUCUCUGCAGCAAUGUCAGGAAGAUCUGGGAUCUUUAAAAGCAGAACUAGAAGAGAAAAAGAGCUCCCUGAAGCUGUACCAGGACUCGCACCAGGAGUACGCCCGGGUGAAGGAGCAGUGCUUGAGGAGCGACGCCCAGAAGAAGAAACUCGAAGCCAAGGUGAAGAAACUGGAAGAGACUGCCGUCAAGCAGACUCAGGACUUCCGGCAACUGAGGAACGAGAAGAAGAUACUAGAGAAGGAGUUUAGGAAGACGCAGGAAAUGCUUGAUGAGUUUUCUAAGCAGAAAGAUGAAAAGGAGUUGAGACACAUUGGAACGCAGAUCUCGAGCGACGCCUGUGGGAGCAUAGACAGACGAAAAGUGAAGCUGCUCCUGAAGGAACUCUGGCUCUGUGUGAACGCGACACACAGACUCCCCGGUGAAGGCAGCAGGUGUGUCCCAGAAGCCCCUGCCAGAGAGCGCGCGGGCCCGCACGCGCCCGGGGAGCAGGCCGUCCGCACGCCGGCAGAAGGCUGCCCGCACAGCCCCGCGGACGUGCAGACAUGCCUGGCCGAGCUGUCCAUGGAGAUCGAGGGCCACUUCUCCGCCUGUGGGGACGCGGAGCCGGAGACGCCGCGCCGCCACCAGCCCGUCCCGCCGCGGCUGCCUCUGAGCCCCAGGGGGGCGGCGGAGCCCCAGGACCUGGCCAUAGCGGGCGCGCUGCGCCGCAUCGCGGAGUCGCCCUUCGACCUGCUGCCCGUCAUCCGCUCCCACAUCUACGUGGGGAACAUCUCCAGGAAGCCCGUGAUGAGGGACCAGGAGAAAGACGUCGUCUACGAGUUCAGCACGACCAGAAAGCACCUGGCGGAUCCCCUGCUUCGCUCCAUCCUCGCCGAGCUGAAGGCCCCGAGGGCGUCUGCGGAGCCCGGCUACACGCACGCCCUGUGCAGGGUGUACGUGGGCCUGUGCCGGCAGCUGGGAGACCUGGAGAGGGCGCGCCUGCUCUGCUACGGCCUGCUCAAGGAGGGUGUCCCGGAGUCCGAGAAGCUGACCUUGUUCAUCGCGAACAUGUGGCAGGACGUCUUCGACUCCCAGUCGGUGGUCAACACGGCCAUGCAGCUGGUCGCCAGGCGGCGUGCCGACGGCGAGGUCCUGAACUGUCUGCGCGCCUUCCUCAGCUGGGAGAAGGUGGGCACGGCCCGGCCGGCUCGCGACGCUCGCGUGGGGCUCGGUCACGGCCCGGAGGUGGCCUGUGAGGAGCCGUGGGCCCUGUCUGCUCGGGUCUCGCUGGUGCUGACUGACCCAUGGGGUCGGGCGUGGCGUGGCGUGGGCACCUGCCCCUUGGCCGCCCUGGAGCGGGAAGACCUGCGUCCUGCCCCUGCCCGCGAGGCCCUUUCCGCCGCUGCUGUCCACUUCACUUCUGUUGACGGGACUGUGUUCUGGGUACUCUGUUUCCAUCCGUGAUGGGCGUGCAGAUGGAGGCUAGGCCGGUGGUCGCCUCGGGUUAUGCUGAGGGAAGGGGCCUCGAGGCUGAGCGCCGGGGGCGACGGUGGUCAGUGGGGCUCUUGCAUAUUUCCUCUCCUCUUGGUGACUGCUCACUGGGGCCUUCAGAGGACCUGUGGCUCCAGGCUCCAGUCCGGCUUCUGUGCCCUGUUGGUGCGCGUUGAUGGCUGGGUUUCUGAGGCGUGUUUCUGGGGCGAGGGAAAGGGCUGUUGGUGGGCAGUAGCCCCGGGAGUCGUUGGCAAGAAGCCUGGAGCCUCUUGGCGAGCCUUCCGGCCUAGCCAGGUGUCCGCCCGUGCCCGGCCCGUGACUCCACUCAGGCACUAUCAGAAGAGAUUAACCGGGGGGGUCAGCCACACCGCGUGGCCCCCAGGCCUCCCAGCUACCUGCACCCCAGCGCUGGGCUGAGGCCGACCCCUCGGCCUUGCGGUGAGUCGCAUAAAUCGAUGCGGUCGUAAGACGUUGUCGAUGAAGAAGGUGGAGUCUCGGUGUGUGACCGUUUAUCAUCGCCAAUCAAAGUACAGCAAAUGUUCGAAACUGAGAUGGUGAGCGGGAAAUACCCUCCCGGCACUCAGCUCCCACGCGCUCGCUGCGGACUCCGCAGCACUGACGGGCGGGCGAUGACACAGCAGUCGGGCGGGGCCCGGCCCGGCAGUAGCCCGCAGAAUUGCACACGCUGACCCAGAGAUUCCCGAGGUACACGGUUCUGUUCUUCCAGCUCAUCUGGAGCCAAAAGGAAUCCCCAGCGUGAAACUACAGCCUCUUAGAAGUUCUUGGAGAGGAGCCCUGCAUACAAGGAUCUCCGCGGGGGGGCAUGUUCCUGCUCAUUAGUUUGUGUCUGUGACAGCACAUAAUGGACGCUUACUGGAGGGAAGGCGUCUGAGGGAAUAUUUUAGAAGAUAACAGUAGGGAAGUAAACAAAUGAAAAAGAAUGCCUUUAGAUUAAAAUUACCAGCAAAACAGUUACAGUUCAGAGUAGUGAAAAGACGGGCAAACGGAACUGCUCAGGACUUCAGGGCCUCCCCGUGGCGCUGGCCAGCUGUCCCCGCCACGGCAGCACGGGUCCACCCGGCCAGGGAGGGGCCCAGGCGCAGCAGACCCCUG